AUUAAUCUCAAAUAUUUAAUCACAUGGCCUUAAAUUUCCCUCCUAUCUUAACUUAUUGUGGGCCCUUCUACAGAUAAUCCCAGCUGUUACUGGCACUCUCCUUACCUUCAUAUUUCUCUCUCUAUCUUACUUUCUCUCUCCUCCCAACCUUUUCUUCUUCCCAGAAGUUUUAGAAUUUUUUUCUUCUCUUUGGCAAGAUCUGGGUAAAUUGUUCUUAUCUUGCCAGGAGAAGAAAAGGGCUAUUCCCCAAAAAUUAAAUUAAUCAUAAUUUUUUUUCCUUUAUGUUAUAUUGUUGGUGUUUUUGAUAAUUUGGGAAAAAAAGAAACAUUUUUUUAAGGAGAUUUUGACUGAGAUCUUGCCAAUAGAGGAAUAUAUCCCAGGUUGAUGAGCUAGGAAAUGGGGAAGAAGGGUUGGUUUUCUGCUGUGAAGAAAGCCUUGAGCCCUCAAUCAAAGAAAAGCCAGAAAUCGAAAUUGAACAAGAGAAGCACUGAGGAAACUAUAAGCUCUGAGGCGGUUAAUUUCUCUGAGCAAGUGACUGCUCCUCCUCCUUCUGUACCUUCUCCUCCUCCUUUGCCUCCACCUGGUGAGAAUAAACCAACUGAAGUCAACAAUGUUAAUGAGCAGAACAAGCAUGCUUAUUCGGUUGCAAUUGCCACAGCCGCUGCUGCAGAGGCGGCUGUUGCAGCAGCGCAGGCCGCUGCUGAGGUUGUUCGUUUGACAACUGUACCCCGCUUUGUGGGAAAAUCAAAGGAGGAAAUCGCAGCUAUCAAAAUCCAAACUGCAUUUCGAGGAUAUCUGGCAAGGAGAGCACUACGAGCUUUGAGAGGGCUGGUGAGGCUUAAAUCACUGAUCGAAGGGCAGUCGGUGAAACGGCAGGCAGCAACGACCCUAAGAUGCAUGCAGACACUUGCCCGCGUGCAAUCCCAAAUUCGUGCAAGGAGGAUGAGGAUGUCGGAGGAAAACCAGGCUCUUCAACGGCAAUUGCAGCAAAAGCAUGAGAAAGAGCUUGAGAAAUUGCGAAUGGACGAAAAUUGGGAUGAUAGCACUCAAUCUAAAGAGCAGCUUGAAGCAAGUAUACAGAGCAAGCAGGAGGCUGCUAUGCGAAGAGAAAGAGCAUUAGCUUACGCAUUCACUCAUCAGCAACUUAAGAAGAACAACAAAAAUUCAAACCCAACAUUUAUGGACCCAAACAAUCCUCAGUGGGGUUGGAGUUGGUUGGAGCGAUGGAUGGCUGCUCGACCAUGGGAGGCAAAAAGCACAGCGGCGGAUAAAGAUACUGACCAUGGCUCAGUCAAGAGCUUCCGUACACUCUCUGUUGCAGGUGAAAUAAACCGAGCUUAUGCUCUUCGAGACCUUAGUAUUGACAAGCCUUCUCCUACCGGUCAAAGGUCAGGCCGUCCUCCUAGCCGUCAGUCCCCUUCAACCACCACAACAAGAGGCCCAUCGGCGGGCCCAGGAUCCAGAAAACCAAGACCCGAGAGCCCAAAAGCAAAUGGUUGGGCUCCAGAUGACGACACGAGAAGCAUGAUGAGUAUCCAGUCAGAACGAUACAGGAGGCACAGCAUUGCUGGGUCAUCAGUGAGGGAUGAUGAGAGCCUUGCGAGUUCACCUUCAGUUCCAAGCUACAUGGCACCAACUAAAUCACAAAGAGCCAAGACUAAGCUUCCUAGUCCGUUGGGGGCAGUUGAGAAUAACAACGGUGGUAGUCCACCGGAUCAGAAGCCGCCACCACCACUACCUGCGGUGGUUGGGACUGCCAAGAAGAGGCUGUCUUUCCCUGCCUCUCCAGGUGGGCCUCGCAGGCAUUCAGUCCCUGGGAAAUUCGAGAGCACCCCGGUGAAAGAUGUUGUUCAUAAUGAGAUAGCCGUUGGCAAUGGCGGGAGCCGGUAGUCAAUGUUAAAACCAAGAUCAAGACAUUACAGUGAAUUUGGAUAUUACCACAACACAGGGUCUCUUAAUUCUUAUCUUCCAAGUUUCAUAUGCAAAAAAAAGGAAGAAGAUUGAAUGAAAAAAAAAAGACUGCUGCAGGGGUAUUGUUUGGCAAUUGUUUGUAAUUUGUUAUUGAUUUGUUGUUCUUUCAUCACAAAAGGGCUAUUUCCACUAGGGAUUUUUUUCUUUUUAAUCAAGUUAGUCAAAUUUGUAUUGUAAUAAUUUUAUAUAAAUUUGUUUCUUUUUACUUUAUCUUGGAUCACAGUUUGUUGUUGUAUUUCAUACAAGUUAUGUGUAAAUUAGUCUUCAUUCUGA